AUGCCAUCGAGGGCCCGGGUCCUUUCGGUUGGAAGUGGUGGAAUCGGCACCAUCGCCGCCCUGAAUCUUGAAGCUCGCCGAAGUAUCCUGCGUAUUACGCUCAAAUUAUGCCACAGUUGUGAAAAGAGGCGUCCAACGGAAAUUUUGAAUACUGUCCCUCACGUUACUGAAAGCGUUAGUCCAUUUGGAUAUGUUGUAUGCUGCACCAAUAAUAUCCCUGACGCUGGACCAUCACUAUGUGAAAUCAUAGCCCCCGGGAUCACUGCUGGUGAUACAGUGAUUAUUUUGAUCCAAAACGGGUUAAACAUUGAGAGACAGUUCCCAUCGCGUUUCCCUGAAAACAUCAUCUUAUCUGGAGUGAGCCGGAAUGAUGUCCACAAGGUCACGCCUGGUGUGAUCAGAAAAAAACAGAAAGACAACUUGCACAUUGGCGCCUAUAACAAUGCGAGACUACAUAUCGAUGACCAAAGACGAGCCGCAGAGCGAUUUGUCAGACUUUACAAUGCAGAGGAGCAUACUACUUGUUUUUACGAGCCUGGCGUAGCACAUGAUCGAUGGAGCAAGCUGGUCUACAACGCGACCUUCAAUCCCACAUGUGCGUUGACUGGAGUGAAUACAAGGGAUCUGCACUUGACAGAGGGCGCUUUUGAUGCCCUUGUGAUUCCUGUCACGAAGGAAGUGACACAAGUAUCUGAAGCCAAAGGAUACCCACCCCCCGAAAACAUUAUACUAGAGACUAUUCUCAGCAAUCCUAUCGAUGAAAAAGAUCUCUCCCAGCAUGCAAAUAGAUUUGGAGAAGGCUCGUGA